CCUUUGAUAUCUCUCCGCACUUUAUUUCAUGCCUCAUGGCCUUCCAGCAGGACCAGCACAAGUCAUUGAGUCAAGCAUACCUGCAAACAAUUUCAACAGUCAGCUGUGUGAUAUGAUACACCAGUGUUCUCAGAUGAUGCACCAAUGUCCGGACCCCGGUAUGUCACUGCCGCAUCUAUAACAAUGCUCGGCCGAAGGUGAGGUGAGAUAAGUCCGAGACCUCUGUGCAGUCUCAAAGUACAAAUUCUCGCCAUUUCCUCGCUCUUGAUCUCUCAGUUUCUCAACUGUAUAUCCUAGAAGUCGUAAGCAUCAACUGACUUUGUCAAUUUCACAUCAUGUCUGCAACUCACAACGACCAUAUCUCCAAGGUCGCCCUCGUUGGCGCAACAGGAACUCUGGGUUCCGAGAUUCUGUCCGCUCUCCUUGCUCACCCAUCCCCUCAAUAUCAAAUCACCGUCAUAACCCGGUCGGACAGCCCCGGACUCACCUCUAACCCACGUAUCAAUGUCAAGACAGGUUCAUACAAUGACCAUGCGUUCCUCGUAUCCGCCCUCACCGGCCAGGACGUCCUAGUCAUCACCCUGGGCUUCAGCAUCUGCGACCAAGUCCAGCCGCUCAUCAUCCGUGCAGCAUGCGAGGCCAAAGUCCCUUACAUCCUGCCCUGCGAGUUCGGCAGCGACACCAGCAACCCCCGCCUCAUCUCUGCAAUCCCGGUCCACUCCAGCAAGGUCGAUGCGCGAAAACUGGUCGAAGAGCUGGGCACUUCAAUCGAUGGCACUCGAACCAGUGCAUGGAUAGGCAUCAUCAACAACGCCUGGUUCGAUUGGAGUCUAGCUGGAGGCUGGUUCGGCAUCGACAUCAAGUCUCGGAAAGUCACACUUCUCGACGGCGACGGCGACAGCAACGGCAUCAAGACAUACACCUCAACUAUCCACAUGUCAGGCUUGACCGUGGCACGGCUUCUCGCCCUGCCACUGGCCGUCACAGGAAAGAAUCCCAACGUCACCAGCAACGAUCCCAAGCUACAACGCACGCUUGCUUCGUUCGCCAACAAAAUGGUGUAUGUGGCCAACUUCCAGCUCUCGCAAGUCGGCAUGUUCCAGGCCGUGCAACGAGCCACCCAUACGACUGAUGCAGACUGGGACAUUUCACAUGUGCCCCUCAUCCAGUAUAUUCGAGACGGCUCCACGAGACUCGAACAGGGUGACAUUACAGGCAUCAUGAAUCUUGUGUACGGCAACCUUUUUGUGAACGGCGUCGCGGAUGCGUAUUACCCGAACGGCUCGCUGGAGGAAGUGGAGUUAGACAAUGCUCUGCUUGGACUCGGAGGUUGUGAAGAUCUCGACGAGGUCACGAGCAGAGUCGUCAAGAAGGUGACGGCCGGCGGGUGAGUAUAUCACGCUCCUGGAACAUUAUGCACGCACGGGACCAUGU